UUCUACAAAAUAAUUACAAUUAACAGAGGAAAAUGUCAAAAUUUACGAAAAUAUUAACAGUUACCGUGUAUUUAAUUUUAACAUUAAUGUUAUUAAAAAUUAAUGCUGUUUCAAAAAAACAAGUAAAAUCAUUUUUACAAGAUAUGAGUAAAGAUUGUGAUCCAAAACCAACUGAUGAAGAUUUUGAAGCAUUAUUAACACAUGAAAGAAAUCCAUCAAAAUCAGCAAAAUGUUUACGCCUAUGUUUAUUAAAAUCAUCAAGUAUUUUAAAUUCUGAAAAUCAAUUGGAUUUAAAUGUAUCAACUGAUUUAUUUGCAAUGGUAUAUGAUGAUGGUGAAAAAACAGGUGGUGAAAUUGUAACAGCAUGUAAUUCAAGAGUUCAUGAAACUGAAUUAUGUGAAAAAGCCCAUUUAUAUGGAAUGUGUUUAUUGGAUGAAAUGAAAGAAAGAAAUAUGAAAAUAGAGGAAUUUGAUGAAGAAUAAAGAGAAGUUUUUUUUUUCAAAUAUUCUCAAUUUAAUAAAAAAUAAAGAAAAAAUAAUGAAGCAGAUUUAAAUAAACAAAAAAAAUAAAUUUAA